GAAAAGGGCUUCAUGGGCAUGCCAUCGUGUUGAAGGCUUUAAAGUUAAACUUUGUUGUUGCAUAAAAUCGACAGAAUGGAUGUAAACGAGGAAUAUGCCAACAGUUACGGAAUAGAAGUUAUUCUCGGUGAGGGCGGGAAAACAGCCCCGUGUUGUUCUCAUGGUCCUACCUUGCUGUUUGAGAAGGUUUGCAAAGGAGGAGAAAAAAGUCGGAGGUUUUAUGCAUGUUCGGCCUGUCGAGAUAGAAAAGACUGCAACUUCUUUCAGUGGGAAGAUGAAAAGGUUUCAGAAGCCAGGCUGCUGGCCAGAGAAGCAGAGAACCAGUCAACGAGGCCCCCUUUCACCCAUAAGGAGUACUGCAGCAGAUUUCAAAAGUUUGUCUCACUCCCUCUGGAUGAGAAGAAGUUCUGUCAGGACUGUCAGAUUCUGCUCCUGCCAGAUGAGCACAGCCUUCACUCUGCUCACAUAUCCACUCCCAUUACUGCAGCACAGCUGAGGAGGCCCAGUGCACUGUUGCGUCCCCUGGACAACAAGAAGAGCAACGCACAGUACUUUUUCACGGACCGCAGUGCAAACUUUCUCUUGGACACUUUGGCAGGUCUGGGAUACAGGAAAAUACUGUGUGUGGGCACACCCAGACUGCAGGAGCUGAUCAAGCUGCGAAAUCUGGAGCAAAAGCUUGAGCCAAUAAAGAGUCUCUUGCUGGACAUUGACUUUAGGUAUGCUCAGUUCUACAGUCAAGAUGAGUUCUGUCAUUACAACAUGUUUAACCAUCACUUCUUUGGUGGAGAGUCAUCCAGUGCAACCCUGAAGAACUUCCUCAGAGAGUCUGACGGGGAGAAGGUGGCAAUGGUAGCCGACCCUCCGUUUGGUGGUCUGGUGAAGCCCCUGGCCAACAGUUUCUCUCUGCUAUCUCACACAUGGAAGAAGUUGCAGAGCUCUGACAGCAGUAAUGCUAACAUGCCCAUGAUCUGGAUUUUCCCUUACUUCUUUGAGCCUCGGAUACUGGAGUGUUUCCCAUCAUUCAGCAUGCUGGAUUACCAGGUGGACUAUGACAACCAUCCUCUGUAUAAACAUGGAAAGAUGGGCAGAAAACAGUCUCCUGUCAGACUCUUCACUAAUCUUUCACCCAGAGACAUCAUCCUUCCCAAAGAGGAAGGUUACAGAUUUUGCCCUUUAUGUGAGAGAUAUGUCUCAUCCCUGAACAAACACUGUGCGAAAUGCAACCUCUGCCCAUCCAAGGACGGCCGAGAAUGGAAGCACUGCUCAACCUGUGUGAAAUGUGUGAAACCGUCCUGGGAGCACUGCCAGUCCUGUGGCCGUUGUGCCCUGCCAGACCACCCAUGUACCACCCGUGAAGGGAAGGAGGGCUGCUUUAACUGCGGAAGCCCAGAGCACAAACGUAAAGACUGCUCUGUCAAACACACACACAGGUUCAACAGACAUCGGACCAAAGCCAAAGUUGGAGGAAAAAAAGGAUCCCCCCAGUCCCUCCUCAGACUUAAAGCAAAGAGGAAGUCUGGUGCAGCUCGCAGAGCAAAGUUAUUGGCUGGAAAGUCUCUGUGACUUCAGUAGUCAGGCAGUACCUACUGUGCAAUCCAAAGCAAUAUUUUUUUCCUUUUCAGCAUGUUUUUUGGCAGUGGUUUAAAGUGUUGUAACAGAAUAAAACUUGAAGGGAGAGUUUGGUUUGCACUUUUCUUUAAAUGCUGAACUGACAAGUAAAGCUUUCUGUGAAGGUUUCCAGGUCCACAGCUAAAUUUCACAUCCACAUAAUAUGGCUUUGUAUUCAAGUGUUCUCAGAAUACUAGCUUAUCACCUUCAGCCAGUACAGAAACAAAGAGGAGUAAUCAGUCCUUUUUGAUCUCUGUAACGCUGCAGGUUUUUCAAGGGCCAGGUAGUGUACAGUGGGUUUUAUGUUCUCCCCCUAUAGGUGCAGCUAAAGCUUUUUGCAUUAAUUGCCCAUAUAAUGUAGAUUGCACCUGUUUAUCAUUUUGACUUAGUCAGUCUAAUUCAGACCAAUUUCAUUUACAACUUAAUUGCCUACAAAAUUAAGAAAGACCCCAACAAUCAGACGGUCAACAAGAUGCAUUUAGCAAUGUUGGGUGAUUAAAAACUCCCUUUUAACAGGAAGAGACCGCCACCAGCACCAGGCUUAGAGAGGAGCAGCUAUUGGCUCAAAUACACCUCCUGAAAGAUGUGAAAACCCAAGAGCAACAGCAAAAUGGAUAGAGAAUAUGCUGCAGUCCACUAAAAUACGUGUCCUUGUGUUCACUCUAGGAAAAAUGGCUUUUCUCAAGUUUUUCAGAGCUCUGGACUUAAACCUGUAGGCUUGUUUCUGCCCUGUUAUACCCUUUUCACAAGCUCUUCCUGUGAGAGUAUUCUGACAUUAAAGAUUU